AUUGGUGACGUCGAGCCACUCGCUGCAAGGACAGCCCAACAGUGCUAUAUAGAUAGGUGAUUCUCAACAGCUGCUUACUGUAAAUGCAUUUCACACGGGCUUUAUCUAUGUAAUGUAUCAAAUGUGCCUAGGAGUAGUCAGCGCCUUCCACUCCGAUAACACUACGUCGACCAGUUACUUUCCGAAAAGUGUUUUGGAAGAGUCUUUCGAGUGGCUGGCCCGUGGAGAGUAUUAUGACCAAAGGAGUUGUGUUACUCCCGCUACUAUUAUGUAUAUAUUUUGUACAUAAUGUAGAUAGUGAUUCUCACUUUGUUAACGAGUGGGCAGCACAUAUAAAUGGAGGCUACGACCAGGCAAGGAGGGUCGCCGAACAACAUGGUUACGAAAUUGUGAGAGAAGUGCGAGGAUUCGAUGACCAUUACUUGCUACGCCACAACAACGUCCCUCACCGGUCCCGGCGCAGUGCGGACCACCAAACCAGACGGCUGACAGGGGACCACAGGGUAGAAUGGGCGGAGCAGCAGGAGAGCAAGGUGAGAAGCAAGAGGGGAUACCUGGAGGAAAAGGCAUACCUGGUGGAACGCGCAUACCUCGAGGACAAGCGUGAGACGGAGGACCGGCUAUACAGAAAUAUACAAAACAGCUUCUCGGACCCCAUGUUUAAGGACCAGUGGUAUUUGAGAGACGAUCGGGAGGGCACCGUCAGCCCCAAGGUCGACCUUCACGUCAUGCCUGUCUGGAGCAAGAACAUCACCGGAAGGGGCGUGGUCGUCACGAUUCUUGAUGACGGUAUUGAGAGGAACCAUACAGACCUUAUAGAUAACUACGAUCCAAAAGCCAGCGUCGACCUGAACGGCAACGACAGCGACCCGAUGCCCCGAUACGACCCCACCAACGAAAACAAACACGGUACUCGCUGCGCUGGUGAGGUAGCUAUGACGGCAAACAACGGGAAGUGUGGUGUCGGGGUCGCAUUUAAUGCAAAAAUAGGAGGGGUCCGAAUGUUGGAUGGGAAGGUCACGGAUGUGUUAGAAGGGGAGGCAAUCCAGUUCAACCACAAAUACGUGGACAUCUACAGCGCAUCGUGGGGACCUAACGACGACGGACAUACAGUAGAGGGGCCAGGCAAACUCGCCAAGAAGGCCUUCGAGACAGGAAUAAAAGAAGGUCGUAACGGAAAGGGCGUCAUCUACGUGUGGGCAUCUGGUAAUGGCGGACGUAUGAAGGACAACUGUGACUGUGACGGCUACACCGGCAGCAUCUACUCCAUCUCCAUCAGCAGCGCAUCACAGGCAUUCGAGAGGCCCUGGUAUGGGGAGAGAUGCGCCUCUACCAUGGCAACCACUUACUCCAGUGGCGGGCUGAACGACAAGAAAGUGGUGUCAACCGACUUAAGGAAUAAGUGUACCAACAUGCACACGGGGACGUCAGCCGCUGCCCCAUUGGCUGCUGGGAUAUUUGCCCUGUUGCUUGAGGCAAACCCAAGUCUGACGUGGCGUGACGUACAGCAUCUGGUGGCCUGGACGUCCCAGAGUGACCCUCUCGCCCACAACAAGGGCUGGCAGACGAACGACGCAGGGUUCCGAGUCAACACAGCGUUCGGCUUCGGCCUGCUCGAUGCAAGCGGUCUCGUGGACGCUGCCGACCCCAAUGAGUGGAUAACUGUCCCGGAGAGCUUCGAGUGCAAAGUGAAAGCUUCGACAUCCUCCAACCUGCCAAGGACACUGGAUGCGGUGGACGGGGGUAAGAUGCUGGAGAUUGAGAUCUUCACUUCCGGGUGUGAGGGUGAAGACAAUGAAAUCAACUUCCUUGAGCACGUGAUUCUCACCCUAAAUGCCGACUACACCCGGAGGGGCGACCUCUCCCUCUACCUCGUCUCUCCAAAAGGUACGACGACGAUGUUGCUGUCCCGGCGUACUUACGACACCUCCUCCAGCGGCUACAAACACUGGCCCCUCAUGUCCGUGCAUACGUGGGGGGAGGCGCCCAGGGGCAAGUGGAGGCUCAUCUUCGAGGAUACGUCAGGGAACGACAACUCCGGCUCAGUGACUGACAUUUCUCUGACCAUGUAUGGUACGAAAGCCCAGCCAGCGCACAUGCGCAAUGGACAUCGGAAAUACAACCCUGAUUAUAAUCAGGUGAAAAAUGAGAAAAAGAAUCAUUAAGAAGAUGGAACCAACUAAUUACUUAGCGGAUGACCAAGCCCAUGAUUCGGAGUCUGACAGCACCUUGGCAGAGUCUCUACUUCAGCUGAAGCUCAAACUCCUGUCGAAGAUGUUGUGAGGCAGCGACGGUGGAAACAUCACGGAAUAAACGUCAUUACGUCAUCGUUUCUAACGUUUGUUUCUUGUUGUUAACACAGGACUUCGUUGUUCAAUAAAGUUGUUACCACACA